AUGGAUAAGCUUCCACCGGAAAUUCUUCCGCUGAUUUUUGCGGAAAUUUGGGAUCUGUACCCUGAAAGUCUACGAGGCUUGAAUACAGUCAAUAGAAUAUUCUACGACACGGCUGCGCAUUUUCUAUAUGAAACUCUUACUGUUCGGUUUCAAAGUAAUCAGGAGUAUGAGCAAGCCGUUGCGAAUGUGUUGACUCUCCCAACCAAUGCCAACUGGUACAAGCACACCCGGCGGCUUGACAUUGUCUGUGGGCCAAGAGGGUUGCAGCUGAGCUCCAACCGCAAGAAAGCGAUGGGUGAAAUUCCCAUUCCAGAAGAUUAUCUCAAUUUCGGCCUGGUGACAAAAGCCCUGCCGGAGUGUGAUGACUUUGCUAUUCCGAAGUGGGAACUGCUAGUCUCAUUGCUUGCCAAGAUACAGCAUCUAGUGGAACUUAACUACGCGGUUGCGAAUAUGUUUCCACAAGCCUUACUGGAAACCUUGCAUCAGCACCAUCCAGCAUGCAAACUCAACAUUCACGACUUUCAACUCUCAUAUCUCUUCUCGAAGAAGUCCGAUGAUGCUUGCGAGAUGGAUCUUAUCCAGUCCCCGUGUCUCCAUGGAAUUCGUUUUACCCACUGGCGCGAAAGCGGGUAUACCAGACAGGAGGAGUUAGCUGCCGAAAAAAUCUACAAGAUUAUGUCUAUCGCUCCUAAUCUCAAACAUUUCUAUGUUGACAUUCAGCCGCCGGACCCGUUGGACUAUCGUCUUUCCAAGGCCAUUGCCAAAGGACAAGGGCUUGAUUCAUCAACUAUGCCUUUCAAGAUGGGCGAACUGCAGUCACUAUCAUUACGAUUCAGGUUGUCAAAAGAGAAGGUCCUUCAAGAAGCGAGUCGACAUACAGACUUUUCUAAACUACAGUCACUUGAUCUGGAUUUUGUUACAGACGAUGAAAUUCCAAGGGCAAUUGCCUCGACAUAUUCUUUCCGUAACUUGCGGAACCUAUCUAUCUUCAUUGUCAUCUCAUUGAGUAAAGAAGCAACGCAGCUGAUGUUUGACUCAAUCAAUCCAUUGACUUAUUUGGAGAUCAAAAGUUAUUUGAAUUCCAGUCCCAUUGAGAAGAUUCUUAUGCGUCACGGUCCGACGUUGCAAGGGUUGGUGCUUCUUCUCGCACCCGGCCGUAAUCGCCCGGGGACUCCGAUGCCAAACGGGGGUUUCGCGGAACAGGUGUUGAGAUACGCUGAGCUCUGUCCCCGUUUACGGAACUUGCACAUUGAAACCCACCGCACAGUCGGAAAUGAAGAUGAAAUACGGCUUUAUGAAGCUUAUGGACAAUUCCCUUCCCUGGAAUCCCUCAUCCUGGAUAUGGAAUGCACUGUCUUCCCCGAUCCAUCAAAUGAUUCAAGGCUUGUUGAGACGCCCGAGGUGGUUAAAACAGCAUUCAACCUAAUACUUGAUCCAGCUCUAUGCCUUGCAAUAUGGGAUAGAAUUGCAUCAACCCAGAAAUCCGGCCGGCUACGAAAAUUAGAGCUUUAUCCCCACUCUCGCCGCAGCCUAGAUAGGGGCGCUAUUUCCAAUUCGCUCAGUAUUGUGACUAGUCUGAAACGAGCAUAUCUUGUGCGACGAAGGAUCUUUGACAAACAAGAGCUCCCUAUUAUCGUUGAAAUCAACGUGACAGGUUGUUUGCCGAAGGGCCCUCUUAGGCGUCCUGGGUGGUUCGAGGCAGUGCCCCAACUUGACUACGCAUUUGGACGCGAUAAGCAUCAAUUCUAUAAAACUUGGCGGUCUAAAUGGUUGAUGCUUCCGCUGCAAAGACUUGCUGUUGAUCUUUUGGCCAACAGGCGUAAGAGGACCCGUGAGGGUGGGGAUGGUGGGCGUGAGAUGAAGCUAGCUCGUACCACUGCGCAGUGA